GAAAGUAAAGUGGGACACAACAGACUGGGUCAAACCGGCGACGAUGGCUGACGCAUAUUCGUACCCCCUGCUCGUCGAUAUCGGAGAAAACAAAGUACCGAGGUUGAAAAUCAAACUGAUAAAGUAUUUUCAGAGUAAGAAAUCCAACGGUGGCGACUGUGAAGUUGACUACGAAAAUGGCAGCGAGACUGCGGUGUUACGCUUCCGCAAGGAGGAGGGUAAGCUCAGGGCUCCUCAAAGUCGAUUAUAACUUUGCUGUUUAUGAAGUUGACUAAUUUUCAGAUGGCUUUUCAUUCUUAUUUUCAGACCAGCAAAAGGUUUUGGCGAAAGAGGUUCAUGAGAUCGGUUUGGAUACUGGCGUGUUGCGGAUGAGGGUUCGCCUACCUCCAGACGAAACAACAAAACAGGUGAGUGGAAAAACACAGCUGUCCUCUUUGCAUAUUUGAGAGGUUUGUGAAUCAUGUAAUGUGACUGGUUGGGAAGCUUUCCAAACCAGCUGAUAACAAGAGCAUUGAGUCUUAUGAAACUAGUAACAAAAAAUGUCAUAAAAGUUAUGAAAAAGUGACAAAAAUUCAUUUUUUCUCCCCAUUUUCUGCAGGAAGUUCCACCAAAACAAGUUAAAGACAAAGGUAAGUGCAAACCAAAACAAAUGUAUUCUGCUCUUUACAGGAUAAUGUGAAGAUAAGUUGACAAAUCAUUAACAAGCCAUUUUUUGUAUCUUCUUGUGUAUUGGAGACAGGGGCGGAUCCAGACUUUGUAACCUGGGGUGGCCCAGACACUAAUUUAUGCAGGGGUUGCAUGAAGUAUGUGAACAUCUAUCUACUGUUUGGGGUGGGCAACAUGACCUAACAUUCAUUUAUUUUCUUUUUUUCACUUUAUGAUGUUGUAUUUUGAUAUUGCACAAUUAAAGGAAAUCAAACACAUAAACACAGGAUCACUCUAUGACACCACCUCUUCCCCUAAAACAAGCCUGUGCUGUGAAAUUCAAAUCAUGUUUGUAACUGAGGAAGAGAUGGUCAGGGUAUGUGUGCAUACCUGUCUGUCUUCACUAUCCACUUUAACAAUAGUAAUUUUAGUAUCACAGAUAUUAUAUUCCUGUCUCUAUAGCCACCAUUAUAGUUAAAUAAAGGUAACUUCACAUCAGCCAGUCCAUCUUAUAUUAGCUCCACAAUAGGGGAUUUCAUUUUGUUACAGAAGUGCAGCAAACUUCGGUGGAAUUUUCCAGUUAAACAAUUGUUAUAUAAGCAUGUUUAUGUUUUAACUUGACCGUUAAAGCCCCUGUGAGGAACUUUCAGUUUGUGUCAGCUUUGGUGCCCUCCUGUGGACAAAGCAGUCUUUGCUUAUCAUGUCUCCUACAUGCUUAAUUAGGGUCUUCAGAUGGAGAAAAUUCAAACUUGCCAACUUUAAACAGUCAAAUGUAUCACUUUUGUGACAGUUUAUUGUUGAAAAUGUAAAAACGGGGGUUUCUUUGACAGCUUCACUGACACCUACUCUCUUGCACCAGCCUCAGGCUCUAAAAUGGCUAAAGUGACAUCAAUUUGAGUCUAUUUUAUAAAUUAAAAGACAAGAAAGUCAUCACAGGAGCUUUAAGAGAAAUGUUGAGGAGAAUGAUUAGUAUCUGUAGCCAUGGUAGCACUACCCACCAUGUAUCCAGAAGAACUUUUUUAUGUAGAACUACUAAUAUGUUACAUUUAUAUAUAUUUUAAAUCAAUACAGUAUACAUAUAUAAUACAGUAUUUAAAUCAGUGUUCAGUAUUAAUCUAUUCAGGGCCUCAGUCAGUUAACAGUUAACAAACAACUGUGGGUUCUAGUUUCUUGCUUACUUGUAGUUCUUGUGAUUUAUCUGACAUUAAAGAGCUUCACUCAUAGUCCAAGCUGUAGCCCAAAGGAAUUAGAUAUUCUGCUGCACCUGCAUGAAGGGUUGAGUCUGUUUUGUUGAUCACAUGUCCAGGUCAACAGCUUUUUUUAACCCUGGAGUUCCCCCAGAAAUACGUUAUAUAAGAACAAGUUCAUUUCACUUUCCAUUCUCCCAGCACAUUGGUUCAAUGUUCAAUUUUUUCCAGUACAGUAUCUGUAUAUAGCAUGUAAACACCAAUAACAUGAAACUAAGUUGUACCAGUUUAACAGUUUCAAGCUUGUUUUUAAUCACAGUGGAUAUAUCUGGAAUGGCACCUACUUCUGUGUUGCUCACUCCUUCUCAUAAAAAGGGGGGAAAGGACAUGCAAUAGCCCUGUGUUCUGAUAAAUGUUGAUAGCUUCACACUCUUGUCGAGGGCAGAAUAUGAUUUUAUUAUCAGAUUAGUGCAGGUAUGCUCUAUAUCCAGUUCUGCGUGUGUUAAGACAUGGGUGUGUCAGGAAUCUGACCAGACAAAGGAAGUAUAAGUCAUUUUCUAUGAGUCUGUGGACAGUUCUUUGAAACUCUCUGAAAAUAAAGUUUCAUUCAGAGUUUGUUAUAAUUCAGUGUUAGGUCUUGUGUUCACCUGAUAUUAACAUGUGCCCUGAUACAUCAGACCACACCUUUGUGUAGCAGUUGACCAACGUAGGUUUUUCAAUGUUUUAAACUGAUGUUGAUAUUUGCAGAGCAGGGCUGCUGAGCUGGUCUCACUUUUUUCUGAAAUGUCUCUUCAGCCUCUGAACAUUCAUGUCUUAUCAACAACAGAUGCUGCUGAAAAUGAACAACCUGAGCCGGCAGCCAGUGUUCAGAUUGAGGUCAAAAGUGGAGAUGAUGAGGCCAAAGAAGAUGAGGAAGACAAGGUCUGCUCCACUAUGGCUGUUAUAGAGAAGUUACCAGAGUCUAUACAGCAGGAGUAUUUGGAGAUGCUGGUGGAAAAUGUUUUGAAGGACUCAGAGUUUCAAGUCAACUCUGAGAGUUACACUUUGGAGAUUAUUCCCAGCCUCUCCUGUGCUUUGGUGACCUUCCAGAGUGGAAAAGGUGCAGAUUUCGAAAAUACUGAGUGUUCUUACUUUGUUUUGAAAAAAGGACUCUAAAAGUUGUUUAUUCCUUUCAAAUCUGACUCAAUAAUUUAUGUGUCUCUCUCUUUCACAGUAAAUAAUGAUUUUGUGAUGAGAUGUCCUCACAACAAAAACUUCAUAAAGAAGGGAUUAACAGCUCAGCCUCUUGAAGCCACAAAAAAAGUCUUGGUUGAUGACGUAAAAAAUAUCAGUGAAGAUUCCCUAUGUCUUUAUUUUGAGAAUGAAGGUGGAGAAGUUGAAAAUGUUGAGCUUAAAGAAGCGGAGCAAUCUGCCAUCAUUACAUUCAGUGAUCCGAAAGGUAAAGCAUCUAUGAUACUUGUUAAAUAUACCUGUGUGGAUAUUUAAUGAACUUUGUGCUCGAUUUGAAUUAAAGCUGCCAUUUCUAUUUUUAACAUGUGAUUUCUUUGCUCAUAGUUGUUAAAAUCUUAAAGAAGGAGCAUCGCAUCGGACAGGAAGAGAUCAGAGUUUAUCCUUUCUAUGAGUCACUAGGAAUAGCCCUCUAUGGAGAAGACAUGCCUUUGCUCAAACUCCCUCCUGCUGUCACUGAACCCAUUGAUGAAGCUCUCUGGAGAUACCUGAGUGACCAUCAGCCAGCAGUAGAGACCAUUCAAAAGUGCUUAGCUGAACACUUCUGCAGUGUCAGUCUCGGCCGAUCCGCUGUAUGCUUGAGCCCUAUUCCUUCGCUGCUGCAAGAAAAGGACGCCAGAGACAUCGUCACAAAGUGGAAGGAUACCGUGAAGUCAGCCUUGGCACAAGAUUUGUCACACUUCCAAUACCUGAAACUUCAGCCAGAACCAACAAAAUGGGAAGAGUCUGAGGAGAAGAUCAGAGCGACACUGCUGAAGGAGGAUGUCACUGUGGUGUCUGAUAAAGCCAGUGGUGUCAUAUCAGUGGUUGGUCUUAUGACUGACAUCAACAGACUUGAGCAAACUCUUAGAGAAGUCAUCAAUAUGAUAAUCAAAAGGGUACAGAGAGAGAGAUUUAGUGUAACCCAAAAGAUCAGAGUGGCCCCGUCGAUUUACCACAUCCUGUGUCAAGAUGGUCUUGAGGACAAACUGCUUUCUGUGUACCCAGAACUGAAAAUGACAUUCAGAAAAGAGAGUGCAGAAUUAGUAGUAAGUGGCUUAAAUGAUGAGAUUUUGACAGCAAGCAAAGUCGUGUGUGAAGCAUCAGUUGCGUUAAAACGACAAAAUUUGCAAAUAGAUCAGCCUGUCCUUGACUUCUUAAAGCAGGAAGAACCUGAGAAACUUACAGACACCCUCCUCACAUCCAACAAGAUAAAUGCAGCAUUUGAGAUCACUGCAAACCAGGUUCAGCUGCUAGCUGUUACUGACAGAGGUUUAACUGAGGCUGAAGGUCAUCUGAAAAACCUGCUGGUAUCUCUAAACAUACAAGCUGAAGACAGUAAUGUCCUAAAGAAGCCAGGUUGGAAGGACUUGGUGAGCAGAUUGGAGAAUGCCAACAACAAGCCACUGAGGACGGUUCGAGUCCACACCACUGAUAAGGAAAUCGUGGUUUCUGGAUACAAAGACAGAGUGGAAAGAGUGUGCGCUGAACUGAAAGUUUUCUCAACGCAGUAUGCUGAAGUUGAAGAAACCGUUCCCAUUAAGCGCAAUGCCAUAGUUGACUAUAUUGAAAAAGCUGAUGCGUCUUGGUUGGGCAAAGUGGGUGACAAAGUGAGGGUUCAAUACAAGAAGGGGGGCAUCUGUUUGAGUGGGUGUAGAAUCCAUGUCACUGAAUGCAAGACCUUGGUCAACAAGCAUGUGUCCUCUUUGGUCUAUGAGCUAUUCAAAGUCUCCAAAUCUGGAGCGAAGUCCUUCUUCCAGGACAAAGAAGCUAUGUACAUGUCUGUCAUCUUCUCUGACACUGGCUGCCUGGCCCAGCUGGCUGAUGAGACAAGUGAUGAACAGGAUGACCUCAGACAAUUUCCCACCCCUGUUUAUCUCCUGCAGACGCCUGAUGGAGUUGAAAUAGCUGUUUGCAAGGGAGACAUGUGCAGCUACCCAGUGGAUGCAAUAGUUAAUUCUUCUAACCAGAGUUUGAAGCUUGAUGGAGGUCUUUCUGCAGCUCUUCUGAAAGCUGCUGGUCCUCAGUUGCAGGUGGAAUGUGACAAACUGAUUCAAUCAGAUGGGCAGCUCAAACCAGGAGACAGUGUCAUCACAAACGCAGGGGGGCAGCUGUCCUGUAAAAAAAUCAUCCACGCAGUGGGACCCACGUUUGAUUCAGUGAAUCCAUCGAAGGCUCGGGCACAGUUGAGAAAAGCCAUCAAAGGGAGUUUAGAGCUCGCAGAAAAGUACAGGUGUGUCUCUGUGGCUAUCCCUACCAUAAGUAGAAACCAAGGCUUUCCUCCAAACUUGUGUGCAGAAAUAAUUAUCACAGCAGUGAAGGAGUACUGUGAUGAAAAAUAUGAUGAGAUUACGCUGAGGAGGAUCCACUUUGUCAACAAUGAUGAUCAUCCUGUUCAACUGAUGGAGUCUGCUGCCAAACAGGUGUUUGGAAGCAAUGGUGUCAGUCAGUCUCAGCAAACAACCUCUACCACACCACCCAUACCUGUGAAACCUGCUCAUUUCGAUCCGAAUUGCCUUUUCCAAGUGCAGACCAAGGAAGUUGUGGACAUAUCUGUUUUGAAAGGAAAUAUUGAGAACUCCACGGUAACUAUUAUUCACUUAUUACAGAGAAUAUAUGAUAAGAUAGCCUUACAGAUUAAUCCAAUUCAUAAUGGUCCCAUGAGGCUUAAUUAUUUUCGUUCCAGCUGGAUAUUGGUACAACUUUUCUGUCUUCUCAUUUUCAGACAGAUGUGAUCGUCAACACCGUGUCUAAAGAUCUUGAUCUAACCAAGGGGGCAGUUUCAAAUGCAAUCUUACGUGUGGCUGGACGAAACCUUCAGCAAUUGGUUUGGGAAAAUAAUCAGAGUGCAAAUAUCGGUGAUGUCAUUGCUACAGCAGGCUGUAACCUAAAGUGCAAAGAAGUUUUUCAUGCAGUUGCACCUAACUGGGACAAUGGCAAAGGCUCACCUGACAAGGUAAAGCCUUACAUGAUCUGAAAAUGUGUAAUUUAUAAACGGGGAUCGAUGCAGAGGCUUGUGCUCGGAUGCAGAAGUAGUGCAAACAUUGAGUAUUUUACCUUCAAAGAUUCAAAACAUUUAUUCCUUGCCUUCCAGAUCUUGAAAGGGAUUUUCUGUGAAUGCCUGGGAAAAGCAGAAGACAACAGUCACACCUCCAUAUCCCUGCCUGCUAUUGGCACUGGAAUUCUGGGCUUCCCAAAAGACCAUGUAGCCUUGUCGCUGUUGAAAGAAAUCUCAGAGUUCAGUAGUAAGAAAAAACCUAAGCAUCUGAAGAAAGUCGUGAUCGUUCUUUACCCAGGAGACAGUCCGACUAUCCAGGUAAGACAAGAAAUUAAACAGCAAAAGUCGCUUUGCAUUACAAUCAAGAUUCUGUGGUGUCACUUGUGAUUACUGGUGGUAAAGUUAGUGUUGGUUGAACACUGACAGUCCUGGAAUCUUGGGAUCAUUAAAUACUAUGUUGACAGUAGGAAUAAGUAAAGUAUGUGUUUCUUCUGUUUGUCUGUAAUAUUUGAGAAUGUUUUAUAUCAGAUAUUUCUGUAAAUCUGUCUGUAGGCUUUUACUGAUGAAUUCAAGAAGCAGUUCCCCAAUGCGACGGGUGGUGAUGGGUCAUCAAGUGCCCCACAAAGAGCAGGUGCGCACAGUGGUCGAAGUUUAACAUCAUUUUGGUUUUGAAGAUUCAAAACUGUGCUUUAAAGUCUUCGUCAUUUGUCUUCAGGCCCUUUCUCCAAAGUUGUCUCAGGUUCAGGAAUACAUGAGACCACAAUGGGAAAUGUGGCAGUACAAGUUGUUACAGGAGACAUAACCAAGGAGUCCAGUGAAGUCAUCGUCAACUCCAGUAACAAUGAUUUCUCUCUGAAGACAGGUAAAUAUCCAUAUCCAAUAUGGGUUUCUGAUGUCUUCAGCUCUAAUGUGUAGUGGAUAGUACCUGGUAUACUAUAUAUUUGGAAUCCCACUUGAACUCCCCUCUGUAAUUAUUUACUUAAUUAUAAUAAUUACUUCACUUCUGUAUAUUUUUUCCUCUUCCUCAGGGGUGUCAAAGGCUAUCCUGGAAGCAGCGGGUCCGACUGUUCAGGCAGAAUGCAAGAUUCUUUGUAAGGAGUCACCUACACCCAAGAGUUGAUUCUAAACCAAAUAUAACAAUCUAAGCCAAACUUAAGAUUUCUGUAACUUCAACACACAUAUGCACACCCAAGGUCAAGGUUCAGAUGUGUUCAUACCCACUGUCUUUACAUUUAGGUAACCAGCCCCACCAAGGCAUGAUAUUGACCCAGCCAGGCAACAUGAGUUGCAAAAAGAUCCUUCACGUCAUUGGACAGGCUGACCCAGUUCAAAUCAACAUGGUUGUGAAAAAAGCGCUCCAGCUAUGCCAGCAAAACCAGUUUACUUCCGUCUCAAUUCCUGCAAUUGGCACAGGUGAGUUUUAAUAGUAGAGAGAGAACUGUACUGAACAAAGCUUUGACUUUUGUCCUGGAAGCCACUGUAGUUAUGUUCACGAAUAAAAAUCAAAAAGCAGACUUACGGUUGUCAAUAUUUUAAUGGCUCUGAUCUUUUAGUAGGUACUAAUGAAAUCUAGACCUGCUUCUGGCUGUGGUGUUAAUCAAAAAAAUACAUGUACCGUAUUUUCCGCACUAUAAGGCGCACCGGAUUAUAAGGCGCACCUUCAAUGAAUGGCCUAUUUUAAAACUUUGUUCAUAUAUAAGGCGCACCGCAUUAUAAGGCGCAUAGAAAAGACGCUACAGUGGAGGCUGGGGUUACGUUAUGCAUCCAUUAGAUGGAGCUGCGCUAAAGGGAAUGUCAACAAAACAGUCAGAUAGGUCAGUCAAACUUUAUUAAUAGAUUACAAAUCAGCGUUCUAACAACUCCGUUCACUCCCCAAAUGAAUAAACAGCUGUUUUAGGAGCCAUUUUGGGGUCUUUACAUAAACACACAAAUAGAAAUGAAACGGCACGCCUCGCGCAGUCAUAUAUCCCAGCAUGCACCGCGCGCUUCUUCUUCUACGGGGGAAAAUGAAGUCGGCGGCUGCUUACCGUAGUUGCGAGACCUGUUGUGGCUCAAUAUUGGUCCAUAUAUAAGGCGCACCGGAUUAUAAGGCGCACUGUCAGCUUUUGAGAAAAUUGGAGGUUUUUAGGUGCGCCUUAUAGUGCGGAAAAUACGGUACAUGUCGACUGUUAUCAGAAAUCCAUUUUUAAAUAGUUAACUGGUCUGUUAUGCUCUCAAUAGGCAGAUACUGUUUGAAAGACAGCAUUUCAACCUGAUAGAAAAAGAAAUGUAGACUGGAAAUAUUGUACAUUUUUGGCAAAUUAGCUGGUAUUUAACAGGGUUGAGCUUCAGAUUUGUGUAAUUUAUGCUCUACGUGCUUCAGGUCAAGGCAAUGUCCACCCAAGACAGGUUGCGGAUGCCAUGUUGGAUGCAGUGAUUGAUGUCUUGAGCCAAAACACGUCCACCACCCUGAAGACAAUUCGGAUUGUCAUCUUUCAGUCGCCUAUGUUAAAAGACUUUUUCAGCAGUAUGCAAGAAAGAGAAGCAACACAAGCUGCAACUGAAGCUCCCAAAGACAAAGGAUGGUCAUUUAAAAAUAUCAAGAGCAAAAUCACAUGUAAAUAUGGAGAGUAUGUGUAUGUGUAUGUAUGUGAGUAUGUGCAACUCCCCCAGCUUCCUCAUUCAAAGACCCCAUUCCCAAUAAACAUGUUUUUUUUUCUUAUAGCCCUCUUUGCCAACAACAAUGAUGAUCCACAGAAAGCAGAGGAUUUUGUAAUUGACCCUCUGCUAGUGGACCCUGCAUGCUUCCACAUCUGCAGCGACUCACAGGCAAAAGUAGACUCAGCCAAGAAGUGGAUCAGCGACCUGAUUACCAAAGAGUACAUCACUGACGAUAUUUUAGACACUGGCAUCCUAAAUCUGUCUGAUGCAGAUCGCCAACAGAUUGCUGACAUCCAGAAGACCGAGAAGGUGAGUAUAAGGAUCCAAAGCAAGAACAACCAAGCAUCGAUCACCAUAGAGGGGCUCAGCAGCAAUGUUUACAAAGCCAGUAAAAUGAUCAAUGAGAUGUUGAAGAAGACCAGAGAGGAGGAGGACCUAAAGAACAAGGUGGCACUGGCUGGAGAAUUGGCCGACUGGCAGUACCAGCAGGCAGGGCUUCAGUUCCAGAGUUUUGACUUGAUGAGUAACUUUGAGCUCGAGCAAGCGUUGAAAAAGAAUCAACCCAGUGUAAAAGUGACAGUCAAGGGUGAGGAUUACACCGUCACAAUGCCAAGUGGACCUGCAACUGACAGCAAGGGACAAACCUUCGAGAUUAAACGGAUCGACAAACUUAAAGGUAUAUCAUCUCGCAUGUUUGCUCAGAUAACUGUGUUAGCUUUCAUAACCCUGCCUCAGAGUGCAGCAUUAGAUCCACAAUGAUAUGAUAUGAUAAAAUAAGAUAAGAACUUUAGUAAUCCCAGAAGGGAAAUUCAAUAAAAAUUCUAUGAAACUGUACAAUAUAUAUUUUUUUAUUUUGAGGAAAAUUUAAAGUGGGUCAAAAACCAGAUUUGUGUCAGUUAAACCAGAGAAAUGUAAGGGUAAUCUUUGAACUGCUGGAUUAUUUACCAGAGCUGCUAGUUGUAGACAAAUUAUUUGUUACAAUAUUGUUUAUUAUUGUUGAUAAAUACUUGAUACUUGGGAAAACCUAAAGAAAUUGUGUGUCUUAAUCCUAGUUGAAGACAUCCCUGAUUUCUGGGACCCCAUGCCAGCCGACAAAUCCUGUCUAGCUGUCACCCUCCAGCCGGGGACUCCAGAGCACAAAGAAAUCCUGAGUUUGUUUCAAGCCUCAUGCAAACUCACUGUCAUAAAGGUAAUGGACAGUAUCUUCUCCAGCAUUUUUUUUUCUUUCUGAGGCAGGCUCUUGAACCUGCUCUUAAACUGCUGAACUCUCAAAGUGAUGAGUAUUGUGUCCUCUGACUGUGGAAGCUUGAGUCAUUUGUCACCAGGAAACUCCCCUCAGAAACCUGUGUGAGGGCUUUAGACUACAGCUGAAUCAGGACUAAAGACAGAAGAGAGAAGUGAAUGUGAUCCAUUUAAACCAAAGGACAACUUGUAAAGCCAUGUUUCUGAUGCUCUGUCUGUAUAUUCACUAUUUGUUCUUUAUUUUUUAAGAUUUUUAAGAUCUUUUCCCAUUUGAUGGUACUUUAAUUUUUUCUUUAAUAUUCAUUCACAUUCAAGGCAGCAGGACAAUCACUGGCUUGAGUUCAGACAGUUUUCAUAAAGUGGUAAAUGAGAUCUUUUUGCUGCUAUACAACUAUUGUUAUUUACCAUCCAACCAUCCAGGUUUAAAGUGCUCAUUUUCUCUUUCUAGAUUCAGAGGAUCCAGAAUCCAGUGUUGUGGAAGAGUCUCCAGAUAAAGAAGCGUGACAUGGAGCAGAGGAACAAACACCAGAAUAAUGAGAAACGUCUCUUUCACGGCACUAGCGAAGACACUGUGGACCACAUCAACGAGCACGGUUUUAACAGGAGUUAUGCUGGAAAGAACGGUGAGAAGAUGAUAAAUCUGACACCUAAUAAUUUUUUAUUACAAUCCCAAAGACAUUAAAAAGAUCCAAAUCCCAUUCUUUCCUGAAAAAAUGAAGGUUCAAAGUUCUCAGAGACUAUCUUUCUGCUUCUCUUCAUUUUCUCCAGCUGCCUUUUAUGGAAACGGGACAUACUUCGCUGUCAAUGCCAGUUACUCUGCAAGCGACACCUACUCUAAACCAAACCAGAACAUGGAGAAGUUCAUGUACCUCUGCCAAGUGCUGACUGGGGACUAUGAACAUGGCAAGCAACACAUGAUUGUGCCACCUAAUAAGAAGGGUUCUUUGGUUGAGAAGUAUGACAGUGUGGUGGACGAUGUGACCAAACCCGCUUUAUUUGUUAUCUUCCAUGAUGCCCAAGCUUACCCUGAAUAUUUGAUCAUGUUUAAGUAACACAUCUGUGCACAGACAUUACAAAAACAAAAAGCUGAAUGUUCAACACUGCCUUAGAACACUUUAGUCUGCACUUUUGAUUUGGCUACUUUGACUGUAGAUGCUUGUUUUUAACUCAGAGCUGUCCUGUAAGGUAAGAGUGAUUUCCUGGAUUACAAACAACAAGUAUUGAUCAGAGGUUUCUUUUGACAGUAUUAACCAUGCAGUGCCUUUAAUGAAUUUAGUGAACUAUGCAGAGCAGAAUCAAACUGUGUAGAAAUCUGUUUUACCUUUAAUCUAAACAUUUUACGUCUGCUUAACUCUUACCUCUGAAAUCAGAGUUCGCGGAGGUGGGGGGCCCUGUAAGGCUGUUGGAAAGUGCCUGCUCACUUUCAACAAGCCAUGUGAUACAGUUGUUUAUCAGGUUUACAAUUACUUUUGGUUUUGAAAUAGAAAUUGAAAGUUAAAUGCCAGCCUGCACAAAUAAAAGUCAAGAGAAGAA